AUGGUGUUCGGAGGUAUCUUCUCCAAGAAGGCAUUCGAUGCUACAAUAUUCGAGCAGGAGCUAGAUUAUUUAUCAGAGCAAAUCCAAGACUCCCGAACUCAAACGCUCAAGUUGGAACUGCAAUCGAAAACAGUCAGAAACAAGGUCAUCAAGUUUGGAUCACUCAUCUACGUCAUUGUAUUCGGCUUAAUAUAUGUCAACACUCCAGACUGGAAGCCCAAAUUAGGAAGAACCAGGAAUUUUUUCUACAAUCAGUCACCAGCCAAAUUAGUAUUUUUGGUGGUAUUUCCAAUCUUCAUUUAUUUAUUGGCUAAACUCGUUAAUAGAUUCUUUAGGGCCUUGCAAAACAGGCAAAGAGUCAAGUAUGUGUCGUUGAAGAAAAGAAAGGAAGCUAAAAUUGACCAAUUGAAGCAGGAAACUAAUUUCAAUUCUACGAAUAAAAUCCUUAACAAGUACGGUAAUGAAGAUGAUAAGAAAGGAAAGCAAACCAUCGGCACUGAAAAGAAGCUUCAGUCAAAGCCAGCGAAUGCUAACUCGGCUCCUGCUAACCCCUCAAGCUUACCUAAUUCUUCCAAGAUCCCCAAUACUGCAAACAUCAAUAGUGGAGUGCCUGCUAAUUCUGUUCCACCGCAGCAGACACCCAUUUCUUUCUCUCCGCGGGGUCCUAGGGCACGUACUUUCCAAGACCGGUUGCUCGAUGCCAUUAUUGGAUCUGAAAAUAACGAGUCUGUUGAGAACAGAUUUGCAUUGAUUUGUGCACAAUGCUAUCAUCAUAAUGGUUUGGCUCCCCCGGGUUGCACACACCCUUUGAAAGUAUCAUACGUAUGCCCAUAUUGCGGAUUCAUGAAUGGCAAAAGUGGUGAGGAACUUGAAAACAGUGCAAUAGAGGCUGGAGAUGGUGGAAACGGAUCCGAUGGUUUUGAGAACAGUGAAUUGGGCGUUGAGGGUAGUAGUCAAGAACCAGAAGACAUUGAGGUAAUCUUAGAAGAUGAAGGCCAGCAAGAGUCAUCCACAAGAAGGCGUACUAAGAAAGAAAAUGAAGGGGAAAAUGAUGACGAUAUCGAAGUCGAAAUCGACAACGACUAA